AUGGCUCCGCAGACGACCUCCAGCAUUGCCAUGGCCCUGGCCGGCAAGACCGCCUCGGUCGACAUCCCCAAGCCCCGGUCUGGCUUCGUGUCCGGCAGUCACGAUGCCACCCGUCCGGGUCACCCUACCCUAUUGCCCACUCCUCCGAACUCCAUAUCCCCCACGCUUCCUCCUCAGGCCUACCGGCGCCGGGAUGCGAGCCUUCCCGGCGUCGGUGCCAUCACCCCGGAGAUGCUGGCUCGCCACCACCUGCCGGAGAUCAUGCUCCAGCAUGGCCCCUUGGCGAUCCGCCACGUCACGGGAUUCCUCACAACCUCCGUCCCGGGCUUCUCGCGCAUUCCGCCCGCCAAAGCGCGCCGGCUAGUAGUCGCCGCGUUGGAACGAGGCGGUCAAGACGCGACGGGCGAGGUGAUCUUUGAGAAGGUCGGUUGGGGUCGCUGGGAUGCGCGCCGCCAUGGCGAACCCGCGCGCGAUCACCACCACGCGAACGAGUCGCCCCCAUCCAGCUUUCUCAGCUCGUACCCUCGGCCCGGGAUGCAGAUUCCCACCAAGCGGGACAGUCUGCAGCCCUACGGGACCAGCGUGACGGGCGAUUCGGCGGUCUUUUCGUACACGGAGGACCCCAUGCUCGAGGACAUGCUCGACCACGAGGCCGACAAGAUGUCCCUAGAUGGAGAUGGGCGGGAUUACUGCUCUUCAUCAGAGGCGCCCGACGACGACAUCCCGGACGACGACUACCGCGAAGAGGACGUCACAGACGAAGAAGACUGGGCGCAGAUCGGAGCGGACGCGCUCCGUGCGCGGUCAUUGAAUGGGGGUGGUCUCUUUAUCAACGGCAAGCGACCUCCAUCCUCCCAGCUGCGGGGCGGCGGCCCCGCUUCAUCCUCCCUCGCCAAAUCCGCUCCACUCAAGGCCCCCAUCCAACAACUGGGGUUCUCCCUCCCCGACGGCGGCGAACGCGCUGCAGCGGAGGCGCUCCUACGACUUGGAUCGAUGUAA